GACAAGAGGGACGAGAAGGGAAGGAGAGAGCAAGGAAGUGCACAGUGCAACGUCGCUCAUGUGUGUGUGUGUGUGUGUGUGUGCGCGUCCCUGUGUGUAGGCUGUCGCGCGUUUCCCGAGUCAACAUUUUACACUGGGCAGAAAUACAGCGAGUUGUUGUAAUUCGGAUCACAGCAUAGACGUAUUGCAGUCUUGGUUUUAGGGUUUGGGGAACAUUUGUUUGCACGAAACACACUUUUGCACAGACUGUUGUCUACAUUCGCUGUUUAUUUUCUCCCUACGAGUCGUAUUCGAUGGAAACAAAGCAAUUGAACGAGCAUCUAUUUGUGAGUAUGAUUCCUAUAGCGAACUAUAGGCUACAGUAAUCUUACCCGAGCUUGGUAAUGAUUGUAUGUUUGCGUUUUAUUUACUUUCAUGGACUGGUGGUCCAUUUUUGCAUUCGAAUCGACGUGUUGUCAAUGAUUUAAAACCAAGCAAUAUGGACUUUAUGGCACAACUGUAGGAUAUUUAAUAAACAUUCGGCUAUCUACAGCUUUGAUUUAUUUAAAGGGAUAUUUGAUAAAGCCUAGUUGAUUAGGCGACAUGUGUCUUUUUAAUUCAUUUUAUAGACAAUUAUAGGCUAAACACAGCAUUUGACAGCAACGCCAUUUACAGUUUGUAUUUUAGCAAUAGCCUCUCAGUAGCCUGCUCGUUUAGAUUAGGGCAGAUUUCAUAUUUAAGGUAACGUGUAUCGGUUGUGGUGGCCGCUCGCUAGCGCGUGCAUACUCAUCCUUACCUCAUUGAUCCUCACGCACGCAAACACACACUUUCAAACAAGCAACCACACACUUUCACCUGCAAAAAAAAGAAAGAAGCGUCAGCACGCAGGCUGGAUAUCAAUCAACCAAUCAAACCUCUUUUUGAGAUCAUCAUCCUCGCCGUCUGUCAUCCAGAGCCAGCAGCUGAAGAGUGCAGCGGUGGAGGGAUGGCCCUGUCAUUACUUAGUUUAAUUGUCUUGGUGUUCCCCUUCCUCACGGCGGCCAAACACAAUACAACUGCGGGAGGCUGUGCUAUAAUCCGUCCUCCCAGAGAUGGAGGGAUAAGGUACAGAGGACUGACCCAAGAGCAGAUCCGCAGUGUGCAUGUGCUACCUCUGGACUAUGAGAUUGAGUACAUCUGCAGAGGGAACAGAGUGAUCAUAGGUCCCAAUGUUAGGAAGUGUCUACCCAACGGUACCUGGACUGACCUCACCCAGCGCAGCAAAUGUUUACUACAGUGCCCGCGGGUGUGGACGUCUCUGGAGAACGGGCGCGUAUCCCAGUGGCCCCUGGGGCCCCCAGUGGAGGGGAUGGUACUGCAGUACAGCUGUCUGCCAGGAUUCAUCCUGGUCGGCAGGAACUCAACACACUGCAACAAGCUGGGCAAGUGGGACUCUCCCAAACCCGUAUGCCACUAUGACAGACAUUACACAGGCAAGAAGAAGCUCUACAUCGGUGCCCUCUUCCCGAUGAGCGGAGGCUGGCCCGGGGGCCAAGCAUGCCUCCCUUCCGCUCAGAUGGCCCUCGACUUGGUGAACAAGAGAACGGAUAUACUGCCGGAGUACGAACUUGAACUGAUCCACUACGAUAGCAUGUGUGAUCCAGGUGAAGCCACCAAGCUCCUGUAUGACCUGCUGUACACUGAACCCAUCAAGAUGGUCCUGAUGCCCGGCUGCAGCUCUGUGUCCACUUUGGUGGCCGAGGCCGCUCGCAUGUGGAACCUUAUAGUGUUAUCCUACGGCUCCAGUUCUCCAGCUCUCUCCAACCGGCAGCGCUUCCCCACGUUCUUCCGUACCCACCCGUCUGCCACCCUCCACAACCCCACCAGGGUUCAGCUCUUUCAGAAGUGGAAAUGGACGAAGAUCGCCACCAUCCAGCAGACUACGGAAGUUUUCACCUCGACGCUGGAUGAUCUCGAGGCGAGGACCAAGGAGGCUGGGAUAGAGAUCAGUGUUCGCCAAAGCUUCCUCACCGACCCCGCCCCAGCUGUCAAGAACCUCAAGCGGCAAGAUGCCAGAAUCAUCGUGGGGCUCUUCUACGAGACAGAAGCCAGAAAAGUUUUCUGCGAGGUGUACAAGGAGAAGCUCUAUGGGAAGAAAUAUGUCUGGUUCCUGAUUGGUUGGUACGCAGACAACUGGUUCAAGAUCAAAGACCCAUCAAUCAACUGCACCGUGGAGCAGAUGACAGAGGCGGUGGAGGGCCACGUUACCACGGAGAUCGUCAUGCUCAACCCCGAGACCGUCCGAGGGGCCUCCAAUCUGACGUCUCAGGAGUUUCUGAACCAGCUGAUGUCUAAGUUGGGGGGUAAGAACCCAGAGGAGACAGGGGGGUUCCAGGAGGCCCCUCUGGCCUACGAUGCAGUGUGGGCCCUGGCUCUGGCCCUCAACAAGACCGUGGGGCCCCUGAAGGCCAAGGGCCGCAGGCUAGAAGACUUCAACUACAACAACCGAGAUAUCACCGCCGAGAUCUACCGUGCUCUCAACACCAGCUCAUUCGAAGGAGUGUCGGGCCAUGUUGUGUUUGAUGCCCAGGGUUCUAGAAUGGCCUGGACUCUUAUUGAGCAGCUGCAAGGAGGCAGCUAUAAGAAGAUUGGAUACUUCGACAGUACCAAAGGCAAUCUAUCCUGGUAUGGAAAUGACAGGUGGAUAGGUCCAGGCCCCCCAGCAGAUCAGACGGUGGUUAUCGAGGAGUUUAGGUUCCUCUCUCAGAAGCUCUUUGUCUCUGUGUCUGUGUUUGCUGGACUGGGGAUUCUACUGGGAAUAGUGUGUCUCACAUUCAACAUCUACAACAGCAAUGUCAGGUACAUCCAGAACUCCCAGCCCUACCUGAACAACAUGACGGCAGUGGGGUGUAUGAUGGCUCUGGCUGCUGUCUUCCCUCUGGGCCUCGACGGACACCACGUACACAGGAAGCAGUUCCCCGUGGUCUGCCAGUUCCGUCUGUGGCUGCUUGGCCUGGGCUUCAGCCUGGCGUACGGUUCUAUGUUCACGAAGAUCUGGUGGGUCCACACCGUCUUCACCAAGAAGGACGACAAGAAGGAGAAGAGGAAGCACCUGGAGCCGUGGAAACUCUACGCCACCGUGGGGGUGCUGCUGGUCAUCGACGUCCUGUCACUCAUGAUCUGGCAAAUAGUGGAUCCUCUACACAUAACUGUGGAGAAGUUUGUGAGAGAAGCCCCUAAAGGAGACCUGGAUGUUCUGAUCCAACCUCUGCUGGAACACUGCAGCUCAGACAAGAUGAAUACUUGGCUUGGGGUGGUGUAUGGUUAUAAAGGCUUGCUGCUGCUCCUUGGGAUUUUUCUGGCUUAUGAGACCAAGUCUAUAUCAACAGAGAAGAUCAACGACCACCGUGCUGUGGGCAUGGCCAUCUACAACGUCUCAGUGUUGUGUAUGAUCACGGCUCCUGUCACCAUGAUCUUGUCCUCGCAGCAGGACGCCUCGUUUGCCUUCGCCUCCCUGGCCAUCGUCUUCUCCGUCUACAUCACCCUGGUGGUGCUCUUUGUCCCCAAGAUGCGUCGUCUGAUCACCCGAGGGGAGUGGCAGUCAGACACCCAGGAGACCGUGAAGACACAGGGCUCAUCCACCAACAACAACGAUGAGGAGAAGUCCAGACAGCUGGAGAGAGAGAAUAAGGAACUUCAGAAGAUCAUUCAGGAGAAAGAAGAGAGGGUGUCAGAGCUGCGAAACCAGCUGGUGGAGCGACAAGCCCUCCGCUCCCGAAGACGACCCUCCACAGUCAACCAGAACCACACGCCCCUUCUCCCUGUCCCCUCGAAUGACCCCAAAUCCCUCAUUCCCCCACCGGGGUACCCCAACCCCACCUCAGACAACCACUCCCUCCCUCCAUCAUUCUCCAACUCCUCCAACCUCUAUCAGCCCGAUGGGAAGAUCAGUAGAAACAACUGCCACACCAGCCGGUUACAGCUCCUCUACAAGUGAUCUAUAGCAGGAGAGGAAGAGUGUUUGAAAGGGGUAGACGUUAGUGAAUGAAGAAUGAAUGGAAGGCCAAGUAAUCGGGUGAAGGGGUAAGAGACGGGGUAGAGACGGGGUAGAGACGGGGUAGAGGAAGGAAGAGAGGCAGUAACUAGGUGAGGUAGUGAUCAGAGGGUUAGUGAUAGGUACGGUAGUGAUCAGAGGGUUAGUGAUGGGUGAGGUAGUGAUCAGAGGGUUAGUGAUAGGUAAGGUAGUGAUCAGAGGGUUAGUGAUAGGUACGGUAGUAAUCAGAGGGUUAGUGAUCAGAGGGUUAGUGAUAGGUACGGUAGUGAUCAGAGGGUUAGUGAUAGGUAAGGUAGUCAUCAGAGGGUUAGUGAUAGGUAAGGUAGUGAUCAGAGGGUUAGUGAUAGGUACGGUAGUGAUCAUAGGGUGAGUGAUAGGUAAGGUAGUGAUCAGAGGGUUAGUGAUAGGUAAGGUAGUCAUCAGAGGGUUAGUGAUAGGUAAGGUAGUGAUCAGAGGGUUAGUGAUAGGUACGGUAGUGAUCAGAGGGUGAGUGAUAGGUAAGGUAGUGAUCAGAGGGUUAGUGAUAGGUAAGGUAGUGAUCAGAGGGUUAGUGAUAGGCAGGGUAGUGAUCAGAGGGUUAGUGAUAGGUAAGGUAGUGAUCAGAGGGUUAGUGAUAGGUAGAGGGGGCAACAGGAGUCAAACGGUGAUCCAGUUUAUUGAAUGAGAAAGAUCAGAGAGGCUGUACCUGAAGACAACUUAAAGAGAGGGGGAUAGCUUCUGAAGAGACCAAUUGAAAUUGAGCUUUCUCUCUCUCUCUCUCUCUCUCUCUCUCUCUCUCUCUCUCUCUCUCUCUCUCUCUCUCUCUCUCUCUCUCUCUCUCUCUCUUCUCUCUCUCUCCCUCUCUCCUCUUCUCUCUCUCCUCUCUCUCUCUUUCUCUUCUCUCUCUCUCUCGCUCUCUCGCUCUCUCUGGCUCUCUCACUCUAUCACUCUCUCUCGCUCUCUCACUCUCUCCGUCCUUCUGUCUCUCCCUCCCCCUGGUGUCCAAUAAAUGCAAUCAUUCCAUAUUUAUUUGUUGAGAAAUAAGAACAACACGGUCUAUCAUUUCCAAUAAAGUAAACAGUUCUGUGUCUUCUAAACCUUAGAGCAUGAUGCAUAAAUCAGCCACAAGGGGAUUUGGUGUGUAUAUAUUUAAGGUGUCUAGAGAGGAAUAGAAGAGAGGUGCAAAUGUUAUGGGCGGCAGGGUAGCCUAUUGGUUAGAGCGUUGGACUAGUAAAUGGAAGGUUGCAAGUUCAAAUCCCCGAGCUGAAAAGGUAAAAAUCUGUCGUUCUGCCCCUGAACUGGCAGUUAACCCACUGUUCCUAGGCCGUCAUUGAAAAUAAGAAUUUGUUCUUAACUGACUUGCCUGGUUAAAUAAAGUAUUUAUUUUCAAAAAAUGUAUUAUGAACCACUAAUAUGUGUAUACUGCAGCAGCACCUCGUACAUUACAGGAGAAUCUGUAAGAUGUGAUUGUACAGAGACAUCAAGACUGACCUGUUUGUCUUUGUCAAAAACAUUUACCAGAUCUGCUGUCUAUACAACUUCAACGUAAAUCUCCAAUCUAUUUUUCCAUCCCAUGCUAAAUGUAUACUUAUUCUAUUCUAUUCUAUUUCUCUUUUCAAGACACUGCUUUGGAGUUGGAAUGUAAUUCCAGCUGCAAAAUGAUCUGUUUGUGGGCUGCAGGCUUUUCGUCCUUCACUAGAAAGUGUUUAAAUUGUCCUGAUUGCAGCUAAUGAAGCGUUGCCUGACUGGGUAAUUCAUAAAGCUGAGCCUGAGCAACACUGAAAACAGUUUGUUGUAAUAUUCGACCACAGCUGUUGUCGGAAGAGAUUUCACAGAUGAUGAGACAGACAGAGGUGUCCAAAACGACAAGCCAGAUAGGAAUGUAAACUGGAGAAAACAGGUUUUAACUGGAAAAGUCCCAGGUUUCCAGCAAUCCUAGUUGGAAAAUUCCCAGGUUUCCAGCAAUCCUGGUUGGAAAAUUCCCGGAAUCAGGAAGGAAUAAACUGGAUAUUUAGAAUCCUACAACUGGAAUUUCUGGAAAACCUGGGAAUUUGGGGAAAAUUACCAUUGUUUUGCAACCCUAUAACAGGCCAAACAUAAUAUGAUUAAUGUGUUAUAUAAUAAUAAUAAUCAAAUACAAUUGAUUCUAUUUCUCUCCCUCCUGAACAUUUGGCAUGAGUUGUGCUCCAAUGGUUAGAGCUUGGAGGAGGUACUACUUUAAGAUUGUGGUAAAAAAAAAAAAUCAUUUAUAUGUUGUUUUACCUUUUAGUUAACUAAGGGAAGUCAGAACAAAUUCUUAUUUACAAUGACGACCUACACCGGCCAAACCCGGACGACGCUGGGACAAUUGUGCGUCACUCUAUGGGACUCCCAAUCACAGCCGGUUGUGAUUACAGCCUGGAUUCGAACCAGGGUGUCUGUAGUGGCCUUAGACCACUGCAUCAUAUGUUAUGCUGGACAAGCCGUGCGCGUGUAUACAUACAUUUAUCCAACUUCUUUUCAUUUUCUUCCCCCAGCUCCGGCUAUAAGCUUUAAGUGUGUCCCAAGUGGCUCCCUAUUCCCUAGUUAGUGCACUAGGGCCCAUUGGGUUCAGGUCAAAAGUAGUGUACUAUGUAGGGAAUAGGGUGCCAUUUGGGAUACUGUUUCAAUUGAAUCACUGAUGAUCCAGUUACUUCCUCAAUGACCCCUGCUAUGACCCCUGCUCAAUGACCCCUGCUAUGACCCCUGCUCAAUGACCCCUGCUAUGACCCCUGCUCAAUGACCCCUGCUAUGACCCCUGCUCAAUGACCCCUGCUAUGACCCCUGCUCAAUGACCCCUGCUAUGACCCCUGCUCAAUGACCCCUGCUAUGACCCCUGCUCAAUGACCCCUGCUCAAUGACUCCUGCUCAAUGACCCCUGCUCAAUGACCCCUGCUAUGACCCCUGCUCAAUGACCCCUGCUAUGACCCCUGCUCAAUGACCCCUGCUUCCUCAAUGACCCCUGCUUCCUCAAUGACCCCUACACUUGCUAUGUCUGAACUGUCACUUUAACUGUGCUUUAGCAAAUUGCUAACCGCAUUGACAACACUUAGGAUAUUCUUCCUAGCUAUUAAUUUUUGUUCACCAUAAACCCGGUAUUAGGUAAAACGUAGCUCCUGGCAUGUACUAAACUCCUCAAACAAUAUCAACGGUCAAAUCUCCAAACCCUGUCAUCAGCAGUUCUCUGUUUUGUUUUCUUGUUUUUUGGCUGGUUCUGCUAUAUGGUUUCAUCUUUUUUCUUGUAAAACAAUGUCAAAGAGGAAGGAAUAUUUAGCGCUGUAGUUUUUAGAGACAGACAGAAAGUAACACUUCCCCUAAAUAUUUUUGUCCAACGUGAUGCCACUAGCACGUGACUGGGUGGGUGACUGGGUGGGUGACUGGGUGGGUGACUGGGUGGGUGACUGGGUGGGUGACUGGGUGACUGGGUG